CAACUACAAAAUUGGUAAUAUUUAAUCAAAAAUGACUUAAAUUUGACGUUUAAGACGUUGAACGUUGUCCACAGACAAUAAUAACUUUAGACUUUUGCUGCGGUUACUACCACACCACACAUAGCUUCAAAUUUUCAGAUGGGGAAACUGUCUGGGAUCUAGUCAUGGUAAAGAGGAGGGGGUGAUCCACAACACAACGGGAGAUGAGCUUGAUUUGUUCAUACUUCAGCCACUGGGGCUCUUCUACACCUCCGCCGUAUACAAACGCGAGGAAAUCGAGCGAAAACACGGCAUGAGCUCGACGGAAACCAGCGGCUCCGACGCAUCUGACACCUUUUAAUCACCGGACGCGCGUUUCUUCCCCGGUUGAGCGACUGUACCGUGUUCAGGAUGGGCAAGGAGGUGAACGGCGUCUCUCGGAGUCGCUUCGAGAUGUUCUCCAAUAAUGACGAGGCUGUUAUCAACAAGAAGCUGCCGAAGGAACUGCUGUUACGAAUUUUCUCAUUUCUGGACGUAGUCACACUUUGCCGCUGCGCACAAGUCUCACGAUCAUGGAAUGUGUUAGCCCUGGAUGGCAGUAACUGGCAGCGCAUUGACCUGUUUGACUUCCAGAGAGACAUUGAGGGCCGUGUGGUGGAGAACAUCUCAAAACGGUGUGGAGGCUUCCUAAGGAAGUUAAGUCUUCGAGGAUGUCUGGGGGUUGGAGACAGCGCUCUCAGAACGUUUGCCCAGAACUGCCGAAAUAUAGAGCUGCUCAGCCUCAAUGGCUGCACCAAGAUCACUGACAGUACCUGUUACAGCUUGAGUAAAUUUUGUCCCAAACUGAAGCACUUGGAUCUUGCCUCCUGCACCUCAAUCACAAACCUGUCCCUCAAAGCUCUGAGCGAGGGCUGUCCGUUGCUAGAGCAGCUGAACAUCUCGUGGUGUGAUCAGGUGACCAAAGAUGGCAUACAAGCGCUUGUGAGAUGUUGUCCAGGACUCAAAGGCCUGUUCCUCAAGGGCUGCACGCAGUUGGAAGAUGAAGCACUUCAGCAUAUUGGAGCACACUGUCCAGAGCUGGUCGCACUCAAUUUGCAGACGUGUUCACAGAUCACAGAUGACGGUCUCAUAACCAUCUGUCGUGGGUGCCAUCGGCUGCAGUCUUUAUGCGUAUCGGGCUGCGCAAACAUCACAGACGCCAUUCUCAAUGCCUUGGGCCAAAACUGCCCUCGCCUCAGAAUAUUAGAGAUGGCUCGCUGCUCUCAGCUUACAGAUGUAGGCUUCACCUCACUAGCGCGGAAUUGUCAUGAAUUAGAAAAGAUGGAUUUAGAAGAGUGUGUACAGAUUACAGAUGGAACGCUCAUCCAGCUAUCUAUACACUGCCCUCGACUCCAGGUUCUGAGUUUGUCUCACUGUGAGCUCAUCACUGAUGAUGGCAUCAGGCAGCUGGGCAGCGGACCCUGCGCUCACGACCGACUGGAGGUGAUCGAGCUGGACAACUGCCCGCUCAUUACAGACGCGUCUUUAGAGCAUCUGAAAACCUGUCACAGCCUGGACCGCAUCGAGCUGUACGACUGUCAACAGAUCACCCGCGCCGGCAUCAAGCGCUUGAGGACUCACUUGCCCAACAUUAAAGUUCACGCCUACUUUGCACCCGUGACUCCGCCUCCAUCGGUGGGCGGAAGCCGCCAGAGAUUCUGUCGCUGCUGUAUCCUUCUAUGAUGUGAAACGGACUGUGCAUCUUGACCUCUCACCCCUGAUCUACCUAGAGCACAUGCUGCUGGGUCCCCGGUCAGAUCGGAUGGGAGUGACGGAGAGACAAACCCGACACCCACUCAUGAGCUUUAAUCAACACUACAGUCCAUUCAGUGGCUUUAUACAAGACUUGUAUGGUAAUUAAAGUGGACGAUUUGGGGAAUGUGCUACUUUGUUCAUCACAAACUUUUUGGAGAAGAGAACAGUGGGGCUUUUAUGAGAAAUACACGGCCACUAAAAACAUCAUCGUGGUUACGUGGUCACUGGUGUUCCUUGUUUUUGGAUGGACCACCUCAGUUUGAUUCGAGAUUAUGGUAAACAGGAGAUGAUCAUACGGUAACCAGCUCAUGGAUUCAUGCCUCAUCUAUAACACACAGUAACUGUGAGCCCCUGAGGAGCCCAGCUUUCAACACACAUUCAGACACAUCUCUCACAUACACACACAGAUUCUCUCUUUCUCUCUGUCUGGGUUGCUCUCAGUGGCUCUUUAAACUUAGAGCAUGAUUGGCUUCCGAGUCUUGCUUUUGUUUUUUUUUGUUUUUUUUUAAUCAGUCUUUAUCUGAAAAUCUCUUCAGAAGGGGACUGAGUUUCAGCCGGCUGGUGGAGACGCAGGGGCAGAUGUGAGGUUAAAGAUUUAGGCUGUAAAUAAAUAAGGCGAGAGGGAAAACAGGAACUGUAUUGAGCUGAUGAGUGUGUGUCACGCAUGAGAUUACAGCAUCUCGUGUGUGUGUGUGUGAAAAUCUGUCAUUCAUGAUCAUGGAGAGAACGGCAGUGGGCUUCAUUCAUGAAACAAACAGAAUGAAUUUCUCUCAUGGCCUUGUAGUCUUUAAGAAAAGAAAUGCCCCUGAAACGCACUUUUUUACACAUUUUCAUGAAUUUAUUUAAAUAAAUAAAAUGAAAUUGAAUUCAAAAUGUAAUGAUUAAAUAAUGAAAACCAAAAAUAUACUUUGAAAUAUGGUGAAAAUGAUGUGAUUCAGCUUGAUGCCACACAAAGAAAGAAAAAAACCCUGUUCACAUAUAUAAUGGGCAUAUAAUAUAUAAUAAUCGCAUAAAAAAACUACCACCUCUGUUCACAUAUAUAAUGGCAUAUAAUAUAUAAUAACCACAAAAAACUACCACCUCUGUUCACAUAUAUAAUGGGCAUAUUAUACAUAAUAAUCACAUAAAAAUUCAAAUAUUAGUAAAACACUAAAGUUGGAUAUUUUUAUAUUGUAAUGCAUAUUUUUACACUGAAUCUCCAAAUGAAUGCAUCAUAAAGAUACUUUAAAUAUUUGUUUAAUGGCUUCUUUUUACUCUAGAUCAGUGAUACCAAUAUUGUAUUGGUACUGUAAUAAAUUAAUUUGUUCUCAAUUUUUAAGGAUAAAAUGAAUUAUUAGAGCCAUCCAACAUUACUGUAUAAAUAAAAAGUCAUAAUUUUUAAACAUUAUUAGGCUUUGGAAAAAUAUAACAACUUCUAAUUUAAAAUGAAGGUAAAACUAUCUUCACAUAAACAUUUAGCUUUAGUAUAAAACUGCCUGUUAUUUGUUCUUGUCUCAAAUGUCGUCUCAGGCAAGUGGUUUAUGUUUAACUACAUUAAAACUAAUUCACAAUGUAGUUAAAACUAAAAAUAAUAUUUUUUUAUGAUGGAUUUUCAUAGUUUUUAGAUAUCAAAAUAUCUAUAAAUGUAUAUAAAAGACAUUAGUAAAGUAAAACAAAUGGUGAAGGCAGGAUAAUAAAGCUGUGAAGAUCAUUUUAAAACUCUUUGAGUUUUAAGUAAACUGAAAUGUUUGAAGGAAUAGUUUUUACACAGAAAUGAAUUUGUUCUUGUUUCAUGAAUGAGGCCUGAGGUGUUUUAGGUCUGUUUAUUUUCACGGCUCCACUGAUAGUUCUUCAUCCACAAAAACAAAGCGAGCAGAUCAUCAACCGUGAGCAUGUACUUUACGAUCAAUGCGCUCGUGAAUCAUCCGCUGGCUUGUAAAGUACAAUAAAUGUAAAGUAAAUGGCAAUAAAAGCCGUAUUUUGAAGUAGGUUUUCUGUAUCUUGUGAUAGUAUGAGACUUGUAGAUGUCAUCGGGUGCUUUUUGUUUUUUUUUUUUGGCUGAUUUUCUGUCAGGUUUAUUCUACACCUUCUAUUCAUUCUAUUCUUGAGUUUUUUUUUCGACUUUGUCUGCAGCACAUAAGACACAUCCUCAUUUGCAAUCAGAGAUAUGUUCGUCCAGUCCAGUGUUUUUUUGUUUUUGACCUUGACGUGAUCAUUUUUAGCCGUGUGUUUUGAUACAAUUCUGUGAUUUUUACUGCCACUUAAAGUGAUAGUUCACCCAAAAAUUUAAAUUAUGUCCCUCAAGUUGAUGGCGGCCAUUGACUUCCAUAGUGUUUCAUUUUUUUUCUUUUCUUUUUUUCAUACUAUGGAAGUCAAUGGCUAACGUCAACUAUUUUACCAGGAUUGUUCACAAUACCUUUGUUUGUGCUUGAGAAGAAAAAAAAAACUCCUACAACUUGAGGGCGAGUACAGUUUUGGGUGAACUAUCGCUUCAAUCAUUUUUGUGGCACCUGAGAUUCUUCAUAUUGUAUGCAUAUGUAAGUUUAAGACAAUCGUUGAUCAACAAAACACACUCAGAGCUAAAAAAAAGGAAAAUCUGAUUCACAAAAACAAAAAAACAGACUUUAGAGACAAAUUGCAGCCCAACUGCACGAAAAUGCUGUUACAUACUGCUAUUGAACAGAUUCUCUGUGCUUUCUUCAGGCAUGCUAAAACUCUCAGACAUCCAGUUCAGAAAGAAUUUACGCUAAACCACACCCGUGUCAUCCUGGAGAAAUAAGGCCACUUCCUCCAUUUCAUCGGUUCUUGUCAUUCUGGUCUGAUCUAAUAGCCAUGGAAUCUGUCAAUAUCAUUUCCAGUUCAUAUGUCAUUCAUCAAAAAGAAAGAUUUUAUGUUGUCCAUAAAUAAAAAUGAAGCUUAUUUUAAGACAAAUAAGA